AUGCUGUUUGAUGCAACUUCACCUCAAGAACCACGUGAGGAACCACUUACAGAUCCAGGCCAAUCCACACUUGGGGUAAUGUCUGAUGAAACUGUGGGCAUCUCUCUCUCCCACCACUUAGCUCCCGGCGACAACGAGUUCAUGGAAUUUGAUACCCAAUGGCUCGGGGAAGACCUGUUCGUGGAUACGGAAGACCUCCCCAUGCACGGGGUUCUUGUGCCGGAUGAUGCGCCCGCCGUUUGUGACAAAAACCGCGUGAUAUCCGACAUCGAAUCCGUCUUCGAGUCUAUGCUUGACGCACUUCUUACCGGUGGAGACUCGCUGGCCCUGUUCUUGAAAUCCCGCACUCCAGCACAACCAGCCGGCCUUGCACGCGGCAGACUCAUACGCUUUCCAGGGAGGACGGCCGGAGAGGCAUGGAGAUUCACUGUCUUGAUACGCAUCCUGGAGAUCAUUCAUGAAGCUCUGGUGACAGACUGUGUUGUCUCCAAACGAGAGAUCUACUACCGACACCCAGCCCUUUUCGCAAAUCAGGCGGUAGUCGAUAGAUACGUGGACGACAUCGCUUUGACCUUUGGGGCCUCGAGAUCGUUACUCAAUGUGUCUGCAGCUGCAAAGGGACUUGUCACUGGUGAUUUGACGAUUCUGAAGGCCGAUGGGGUCUCUGUCUACAAGUUCAAUGACCCUUCCGGUCACCUCGUACCCAGCAUCGAAGAUGGAGACGUAAUGCAGACAAAUGCAGAACGGGUAUUAGUCGUCGAGAAAGAGGCUACCUUCCGCUCGAUUGCGGCAUCAAAGAUUUGGGGAAAAUUGAAACAUUCGAGUAUCAUGGUCACGGGCAAAGGCUACCCAGACUUGUCCACUCGCAUUUUCCUACACAAGAUCAGCGCCGUGUCAACCCUCGGCAACUCGAUGAUACCGAUUCUCGCUUUAGUCGAUAUGGAUCCCGAUGGAUUGAGCAUCAUGUGCACAUACAAGUAUGGCUCAAUCACUCUGUCUCACGAGGGCGACUCUGUCAAAGUACCCAGUAUGCAAUGGCUUGGCAUCAAAAGUGUCGAUAUCAUGGCCCUAGCGGAGUCUGAGCUCGGGGUUUCACAAACAGCCAACGUUCACCAUACCGAAGGACUACUCUCAUUAUCGUACCGAGACCGUAGGAAGGCUUCGCAAAUGCUUCGCAAAGACUCCCACUCGGAGGACAACACUUACAAUGAACUGAAACGAAAUCUUCAGAUCAUGUUGAUGCUCAAUAUGAAAGCUGAGCUGGAAAUACUGGAAUGCAGAGACGGCGGUCUCGGUGCUUGGCUUUUGGACCAAUUAAGCGGUCGAGACGGAGCGGAAUUGCUCUGA